GGUCCUGACCUGCCUUGUGCUCAUUAUAUUCAAACCUUUGAAAAUAACAAUAGCUUGCCACUUGAUGAUAUCUAUAGAAAUUGGUGGAUUCAAGGGCAUACACCAGUACCACAAUUCAAAGCCAUUUUUUAUGAAGCCAGAAAAGCAUUAAAUGAUAUAAUUGAUAGCCCACUAAUAACUCUACAGAACCCCCAAGUUGUUCGUACCAAAGGACGUCCUUCUAGUACUCAAAAUCAGCUCAACAACAAGAGAUCCCUCUUGCUUUGA